AACGUCGACAUCUGAGUCGUCGCUUUCUGGUCGACAGUGGGGACGCGCGCCCCGCAUGUCGGCGACAUCCCGGCAGCAGGAGCAGGAGCAGGAUCAGGAACAGAGUCGAGAGGAGGGUCGAGAGCAGAAGCAGGAGCAGGAGCAGGAGCAGGAGCAGGACCAAGAGCAGGGGCAGAGCGAGGAGCAGGAGCAGAGGCGGGUGCAGAUCCGGCCGUAUGCGGGCGAGUCAGACCUGGACCGCGUGCGCGGCCUCAUUGAUGCGCAGCUCAGCGAGCCGUACACCGUCUACACGUACCGCUACUUUCUCAACCGCUGGCCGCACCUGUGUCUCCUCGCCGUCGUUCCCGCGGCGACGGACGAGACGCCCACCCUGCACGCUCGCACGAAUGGCGACGACAAUGAGAAAAGAAGAAAGCAGCAGCAGCAGCAGCGCGAGAAGGAGCAGGAGCAGGAGGGAGGGCAGCAAAAGGAAGAAGCAGUGGGCGUCAUUAUUGGCAAGCUCGAGCCGGCGAUGAUGGGCCGGCGCAAGGGCUACAUUGGUAUGAUCUCGAUUCGCGAGACGUACCGGCGGCGCGGGCUCGCGCGGCGAUUGCUCAAGAGCCUGAUUGCGACCAUGGUCAUCUCCUCCGACAUGCCCCUGACCGAGAUCUUCCUCGAGACCGAGGUCAACAACGGCCCGAGCCUGCGCCUGUACGAGUCCGUCGGCUUCCAGCGCGAGAAGCGCCUCUUUCGCUUCUACCUCAACGGCAACGACAGCUUCCGCCUGGUGCUGCCCCUGCCAGAGGCCCUCUUCUCGGGCCACGACGCCGCUGCUGGCGCUGCUGGUGGAGCAGCGAGGGUGACGAGGGAGCAGGGCAGCCCAGACAGGCGCGUGCUCGACAGGAUGGUGGCCAAUGGCGACAUCAUGUAGCUGGAGACCAUGGCAUUGUAGAUACGCAGACAGAGAAUAAUAAUCAUACAUUUCGGGACG